UGAAUAUGUGUGUGCUUUUCGCGUGUAUAGAUAGUAUAACCUUUACUCGUAGCAAGAUUGCCGAUAUUGCCCCCGCGGGAGCAACAAUUUAAAAAGCUACGGCCAGUCGCGAAAAAUCACUGCGGAGAACGCGCCGGUGGUGCAACAGCAGAUGAGUUGUACGACGUUCGAAAUUCGGUUUCGGUAUGGAGUAGAGUAGGCACAAAUUUCCCGUGAAAAUGUAACAAGGCAUAAAUCUUUCGAAAUUCAAGUUCAAUCGACAUCAACGCAACAGUAUCGAAAAAAAUAAUCACGAGGAUGCCAGCGGCGGUAUGGGACUGGUGCAACUCGUUGCAGAGGUCGGUGCAGGACCUCUUCAAGAACAAGGAGGGCCUGCACGACACGCCCUACCUGUCGGCGAUCCAGGCGCUGAAGGGCAAAACCCCGGGGAGCAAGCGCGCCGAGCUGAACGCGCUGCUGCUAGCCACCAUCACCGACAUUCGGGAGAAAAACGGGGUCGCCCUAGAGCACGAGUACCGCGACGUCCCCGCGGGCUUGGUGCCACUGGCGCGCGCGGUGAUAGGCAACGCCCUCGGGAACAAGGACCUCGUCAUCGAGAGCCUCGAGUCGGAGGACCCCGCGGUGAACAAGGUAGCCCUGGCCGCGCGCUGGUUCUUCGACGGCGCCAACAGCUACGUCAGUGCCCAGUACUUCACUUACAAAUUCCUGCCACGGGUGUCGCUGCGCACGCGCCGAGCCAUCGCCAGGAACCUGGCGCGCUCGCUCCUCGGCCACGAGCUCAAGGCCGAGCAGUUCUUCGAGGCCAUCGCCGACGCCUACGGCUACAAACUCGCCGUGCCCCUGCUCGUCGCGUGCUCGCCCGGCUUCGUCUACGACAAGAUACUCGAGCACAAGAUCAUCCUGACCGUCGGCAUGCUCGACAAGCUGUACGAUAGGCAGCCCUCGGUGGCUUUGAGGUACCUGCAAUUGGCCAACCCGAAAAACGAGGAGAACGCAAGGGACCGGAAAAUCAUAGACGUCAGGGUGUUCACCUACGACUCGUUCGUUCCGAAACUCGUGAAAAAGCAUCCCCGGGUGUUCCAACAGUUGUACGAGCUGACUCCGGAUAGGGCCCUAGUGCUUUCCAAAACGAGGGCUGGGCACUUUUUGAGGAGCCUCAAGGACGUGCUGGUGGAAAAGCCCCGCGUUUACCUCAAGCUGCUGCCCCUGGAGCUGGUCAGCAAGACCCUCGACAGAGAGCAGUUUGAGCGGAUGUUCGAGAACCUGUUCGACACCGACAGGGAGGCCUUCGACCUGGAGGAGAUGCUCGACUACCUGGACCACUACGAGCACGGCGACAGAGUCAAGUUGAUCGUGGAAAAGUACAGGGAGGUCUACAAGGCGGAAUUCCCGAUCGACAAGUGGUUCUGCACGACCCAGAAGACCAAGUUUGCGGAGCUGCUGUCGGCCGAGGAGAGGGAGGCCCUGGCCGAGCGCAAUAUGCAGACGCACAGGGACUUCCCGGAGAUGGUCAAGGUUAUAAGAUCGUACCUGCCCCCUGGGAAACUGCUGCCAGGGCUCAAGAGCGAGAUACGCGAGCUGAGUAACCCAGCCGACAGGGAGGCCGUGUUUGUGUCCAUGGUGGUCUCGUGCAAGGUGUACCGAAGCCCGGACCACCUGCUGGAGGUGCUCAAUUAUUACCACAACACGCACAAGAACGAGAGAAUGUCGACCCUGGGCGCGAUAUUCCAGGCCCUGCAGUUCCACUGGGCGACCACGGUCCAGCUCCUCGAUGACCGCCACUGGGGCACGAUCAUGAGAAUUAUCGGGCACGUCCACGCCAAGGGCGAGCUGUUUUCGACCCAGCUCGGCGCGACCGAGUGGAUCCUCGAGAACGCGGCCCGGUACUACCUGAGCCUCGGCGACGAGAGCAGUUGCCCGAAGGAGACUAUCGCCCUUUUGCUCGCGAUCAAGGUCGAGCACUGCUUCCCGAACUGGAACGUCGUCGAUGGUGGCGGACGCGAGCUCGAGAGACGUGGCAUGGAGCUGAUGUUCAGCGCGGCCUCGAUCAAGUACCCGGAAUCCCACGAGGUCUGGAAGGACUCGAACCGCCAAGUGUCCGUGGCUCUGGAGGUCCUAAAAUCCAUCGACGCCUACAACAAACGACACUACCCGCUGACCAAGAGGACGAUGAGGCGGAAAAGCGCGGAAGAGCGUCGAGAGCUCGAGAAGGGCAAGUGGAGGAUCGAGUUAGUCCCGUGGCUAGAGUCCACGGUGGUCAAACUCCUCUCGGACGCGAGUGCGCGCCAGUCCUACCGAAAGCGCGUGCUCCGCGAGCUCGUGGAGAAGAGCUUCCCGGAGUUUUACGCGUCGAGGAUCAGCGACCCGGACGAGGUGCAGGACAUCGAGUCCGGCAGAGCCAUGGCUCUCUUGAGGCACGAUCCGAGGCGGAUCCUUCUCAAUUGGGAGGCCUACCUGCAGCAGGCGGUUGACAAAUUGUCGAUGAGCAAGGGUAGCAGAGCGGCGAGGCGCUUCAUCGCGGCCACCAAGUGGCACAGCGAAAUACCCGUGAGGUUCGUCGAGCGCAGCGUAGCCCGGAUCAAGGACAGAGGCUACGUGAUCGUGCUCGGGAUCCUCCUGGAGGGCGACUCGCUCGGCAAGAUCUUGCUCACGACCCUGGACAACGUCGACGAGGUGCUGAAGGUCGACGCGAGCGAGGAGGGGGCUCGCGACAAGUUUGCCCACACCAAGGACAUUCUUCAAGCCCUGAAGCUCGCCAAUCCGCCCAUCUUGCUCGGCUUCCUGCUGCGCUUCGUCAACUCGGAGUUCAUCCAGCACGCCGAGUCUACCCUGACCUCCUUGGCGCAACGCGUCUCCGCCGAACGUAUGUCAAACUUUUCGCGUCGGCUGACCGAGAGCCCCAAGAUAUCCGCCAAGAAGCUGGGCAUCCGGCUGUACAAGCUGACCGCCCCCCUGGACGAGUACUUUAAGUUCCUCAAGCAGCAGUACGAGGGAGAGACGAACCCGGGACUGCGCUUCGUCGUGACUAAGAUGAUCCUGCGCGUCUUCGAGGAGGCCCCGAACCAGAGGAGCUGGGAACUCGCGAGGAACGCCAUGCGCCAGAGCACGGCCAACAACUUGGUGGCGCUGUCGAGCCUCUUCGACAACCUCGGCGCCGUGCACAGGCUCUACCUGUCCGACUACGUGGCCGAGUACCUGGAUACGGUCGAGGUGCUCGCGGCCAAGGGUCUACCCCUUGGCGCCAAAAACAACAUCGUCAGCUCGCUCAUCGAGAGCUUGGACGCCAAGCGCACGACCUUUCUCUCCGAGGAGGUCGUCACGCGCGUGUUGACCGGAUACUUCUUCAAUCCCGGGACACCCGACGUCAACCGCGUGGCCCAGAGAUUCGCCGUGGCCCACUACCUCCUGCCGGCCAAGGAAAACGCGUUCCCGAAGAGGCUCCAAGUCGUUGCCGGCUUGGUCAAGCUCAUCCUGGACCAGUAUGGCCAGCCGGACCCUGACAAGCCCGGCUACUACCCAGCCGACGAGAGCGUCCACAAGUUCUUCGUCUCCCUGGUGCUGGAGCUCGAGUACGGGCAGUCACCAUUCAGGAAUCGGCAGGUGGUCGACAGCUUCCUGAAGCUGUUGCAGGCGUCCUUGAAGGACCACCAGGCGCUGCCCUCGAGGAUCCGGCUGAGCCUCUACAGGGAGUACAUGCUCUCGCGCAAGAUGUCCGCGGAGGACUUUGGCAGCCGGUGCGUCGCCUGCGCCCGGCACUUUGUCGACAAGUACUCGAACGUCGUCACCCACGACGUCGCCAGGUCGCUGAAGGAGAUCAUCGGCGAGCAGCGCAAGGCCCCGAGUUACCAGCUCGGUGUGGUCGAGGGACUGACGCGCAGCGGAGAUCGCGUCGGCAGCCUCUUGGCUGUGCUAUUACUCGGUUCCCUGAGCGUUGACGCCGACGCUGACAACUACGAGGCGGUGAUAGCGCUUCUGCGCGGUGUAAAAGACGACGCGGUGCAGGCGUACUUGGACAUGUUGCUGAGCGGGGCCGGCGAGACUUGGCUCUGAGCAUGUGUGUACAUUAUACUCGAUCGAUCGUCCCGGGGUCGUGCGAACGUCAAUUGUAUAUGAUUCCCGAAAGUGUAUUAUUUACCCAUGUAUGUACAGGAAGAGGGAAAAUGUAAUAGGAAUUAUGUAAUAAAAUGCUUUUUUUUUUGUUUUUUGAUGAA